CGCGGUGUGGCUGACGGCAACGCCGCACUGCUCUUGGAGAGGUCACUCCGGAGACGGCUUUGGUUUUGGGUUGUGGGGGUCGCUGGCAGUAUGUGGCGAGUCUGUGCUCGACGGGCACGGAAUGUGGCCCCAAGGGCAGGAUUCGGGGCUCGGUGGACCGCCUUGCGGGAGGACCCGGGAGCUCCGUGCGUGACCCCGCGGGCUGGCGCGGCUCCGGCUCGUUGCAGCAGCGGGACCGCGGGGUAUGGCAGGGUCCGCGCCCUCUGCGGGUGGAGCCCCAGCUCGUGGGCCACACCGAGGAAUCGCCUCGCGCUGCAGCUUUUGGGAUCGCCUAGCCGCCGCUGUUACAGCCUGCCCCCGCAUCAGAAGGUUCCAUUGCCCUCUCUUUCCCCCACAAUGCAGGCAGGCACCAUAGCCCGUUGGGAAAAAAAGGAAGGGGAAAAAAUCAAUGAGGGUGAACUAAUUGCAGAGGUCGAAACUGAUAAGGCCACUGUUGGAUUUGAGAGCCUGGAGGAGUGUUACAUGGCAAAGAUACUUGUGGCUGAAGGUACCAGAGAUGUUCCAGUUGGAGCAAUCAUCUGCAUCACAGUUGAGAAGCCUGAGGAUAUUGAGGCCUUUAAAAAUUACACACUGGAUUCCGCAGCAGCACCUACCCCGCAAGCAGCCGCAGCACCAACCCCCGCUGCCCCUGCUUCACCACCCACACCUUCUGCUCAGGCUCCUGGUAGCUCCUAUCCCACUCACAUGCAGGUGGUUCUUCCUGCCCUCUCUCCCACCAUGACCAUGGGCACAGUUCAGAGAUGGGAAAAAAAAGUGGGUGAGAAGCUAAGUGAAGGAGAUUUAUUGGCAGAGAUAGAGACUGACAAGGCCACUAUAGGUUUUGAAGUACAGGAAGAGGGUUACCUGGCAAAAAUCCUGAUCCCUGAAGGCACAAGAGAUGUCCCUCUAGGAACCCCACUCUGUAUCAUUGUAGAAAAAGAGGAAGAUAUACCAGCAUUUGCUGACUAUAGGCCAACUGAAGUAACUGAUUUAAAACCACAAGCACCACCAUCUCCUCCACCCCCGGUGGCCCCUGUUCCUCCAACUCCCCAACCUGUAGCCCCUACACCUUCAGCCACCCGCCCUACUACUCCUGCUGGACCAAAGGGAAAGUUGUUCGUUAGUCCUCUUGCAAAGAAAUUGGCAGCAGAGAAAGGGAUUGACCUUACACAGGUAAAAGGGACGGGACCAGAAGGCAGAAUCAUCAAGAAGGAUAUCGACUCUUUUGUGCCUACUAAAGCUGCUCCUGCUCCAGCAGCUGCUGUGCCUGCCCCGGGUCCAGGAGUGGCACCCGUUCCCACAGGUGUCUUCACAGAUGUCCCAGUCAGCAACAUUCGUCGCGUUAUUGCACAGCGGUUAAUGCAGUCUAAGCAAACCAUACCUCAUUAUUACCUUUCCAUUGACGUAAAUAUGGGAGAAGUUUUGUUGGUACGGAAAGAACUUAAUAAGAUGUUAGAAGGGAGAAGCAAAAUUUCUGUCAAUGACUUCAUCAUAAAAGCUUCAGCUUUGGCAUGUUUAAAAGUUCCUGAAACCAAUUCUUCUUGGCUGGACACAGUUAUAAGACAAAAUCAUGUAGUCGAUAUCAGUGUUGCAGUCAGCACUCCUGCAGGACUCAUUACACCUAUUGUAUUUAAUGCACAUAUAAAAGGACUGGAAGCCAUUGCUAAUGAUGUUGUUUCUUUAGCAACCAAAGCACGAGAGGGUAAACUCCAGCCUCAUGAGUUCCAGGGUGGUACUUUUACAAUAUCUAAUUUAGGGAUGUUUGGAAUUAAGAACUUCUCUGCUAUUAUUAACCCACCUCAAGCAUGUAUUUUGGCGAUUGGUGCUUCAGAGGAUAGACUGGUUCCAGCAGAUAAUGAAAAAGGAUUUGAUGUGGCUAGCAUGAUGUCUGUUACACUCAGUUGUGACCAUCGGGUUGUGGAUGGAGCAGUUGGAGCCCAGUGGCUUGCUGAGUUUAGAAAGUACCUUGAAAAACCUAUCACCAUGUUGUUAUAAUUAACCCAAGAAUUUCUAGACUCUCCCAGGUCACAGUGGUUCAUUCUUAUCAAGAUACAAAUAUGUUAUUAUGCAAGUGGUUCUUUUUAUUUUGAAGUUAACCAGUUAUUUUUUAGUCUGUCCAGAUAAGUUAUUUGUAAUGGGCAUUACUGAAUUUCUUAAAAUGCCAAUUACACCUACAUAUUGUACACAUUUAAUAAACACCAGAUUUUGAGCUGUGUAUUCCUAGUCAAGAGAACAUGUGGCCUAGCCCUUUGGUGAGAAGUACUUCCAUUGGGAAAUGCAGGGGUAGAAUUGUGGUUCCCUACUGAAACAGAUACAUAAAAGUAAUCUGGAUGAAACCUUGAGGUUUUGAAAUUUAAUUGCCUCAUGUUUUGCUUCAUUUGAGGGAAAGAGAAGUCAAGGAAAGAGAGAAGUCCUUUCUUUUAGAGAAAGGGAUUGAAUUAAAGAUUGAUUUUGGAAUUUAACCCUGUUACAUGAUCUUGGUUUAUCGUGGAUGGGAAGGGUAGAGAACUUUAAGGAAAAUAAGUGACAUUUUAAAAGUUAACAUUUUCUUACACUUCUGCAACUGAGUGUUCUUUGUUUAUUUUUCUAUGAAUUCCAAAAUGGUUGUUUUCACCUCUUAAGAUGGAAGAUAUAAAUAUAAACCAGCUACUUGGUAUAAAUGAGAAUUUGUGUGGGUAUUUAUUUAAACAACUUACAUGUGUAAUUCUGAGAGCAGAAUUUACAAUUAAUUCCAAAUAAAAGAAUAUGCUUAUAGAAUUUAACAGA